AUGCUACUGCAGCAGUUCUCACUUCAGCUUCCACAACUCGAGCUCCUGAUGACGGCAGGAGGGGGUGCUGUGGGCGAUGAAGAGCAGCACAACGCGGAAACUCCUCCUGUCUCCACGAGGCCGAAACCGUCGUUGUUAGAUGGCGAAACCGUCACCAACGUGGUGAAACCGAUCGGUUACGUGCUGGCAAGGAAGCGUAGCGGCGGGGGCGAGUUCCACGGAGCGUUACACAUCACCAACUUCAGGUUGAUCCUGCAGCGCACAGGGGCCGGCAAGGACGCCUUCGGGCGGGAUGACCCCUCGCUCCAGUGGGUUUCGUUUCCGAUGGGCUGCAUCAAGGAUGUCACACAGGCCGACGAUGAUCGUCUCGCCAUCACGAUUACGGCAAAGGACCUUCGGAGCUGCCGCAUGCGGUUCCUCUCCAACAACGCUCUCUUCGUCUCAACUCUCACACAGGGGGUCAUCAAACCCAAGUCUCUCGACUCGCCUGCGCGAACAGGACCGGUAAAUGCGGCCUCUGGCGCUAUGCAUACGGAAGGGUCGCUGGCGGGGACGCCGGAUGAACCACCCCGUUGGAGGCUUUUUUACAACCGGUCCUACACGCUGGUGCCCUCGUACCCCCUGCACUUCGUGGUGCCCGCGGUCAUGAGUGACGCAAACGUCAGGGCGGCGGCGGCGUACCGCAGCAAAGGCCGUCUUCCGGUGGUGACUUGGAUGGACCCCAAGACAAGGGCGGUGCUUUCUCGUUCCGCGCAGCCGCUGGCCGGAUUGGGAGGGAAAACAUGUGCCGAGGACGCUCGUCUGCUGAGCUUGUUCGGCAACAAGGGCAAGCCGGAAGAGACGACGCUGCGGGCAGCACCAGCACCAGCACCAGCACCAGCAACAGCAACAGCACCAGCAACAACAGACACCCCAAGCACGCCCACCGCGCCCAUCCGCAGCAGCAACACCAGCAGCACCAGCCGUCGUCGCGCGAGAGCCUCGACAUCGCUGCCACCGGGGUUGCGGGGCAAUCGCAGGAGCACCAUCGGUGGGGGGGGGGGGGCGCGCGCCGGCGAAGCGACUCCACGCCUCAAAGCAGCCGACGGGGGCAACGGUAGCAGCAGCAAAGGCGCCGGGAAGCAAGGGGGCGAGCGAGGAACCGAACCCGCCGCCAACGCCGCCAACGCCGCCGCGGGAAAGACGGAAGAGCCAAGAGCAGAAAGCGGGGAAUCGUUUCUGGAUGCCUUGUCUUCCUGGACGCCUCCGUGGUCUACCACGAAGGUCGCCGUGCAGCACACCCAGCCGGGCCACCAGAGCCAUGCGAGCCGCCAUCACGAGGGCCUAACGCCGCCGAAGAAGGAGCCGGGGGCUCCGCCCGACUUGCCGUCUCUUGACCGCGGCGGCGGCGGCGGUGGCGGCCAACGGCAGGUCGAAACGAAGCAGCCGAGGGGGGAAAACGAGGAGCGGCGGAGAGCGGAGGCCCGCAGCUCGGAACGAGUAGGGCCGGAGGAGUCAGCAUUCCACGGAUCGUGCGCUUCGCCGGCCGGGACGGCGGCCGGGGGCAAGGGGAGUGAGACGCCGGGUUCGGGGAAGGCGCCGCGGCUGUGCCUGCUGGACGCCAGAACAGCUGUGGCGGCCUUAGGAAACAAGCUGGUCGGCAAAGGAAUCGAAACGGGCGCGGGGUACGGGAAUUCUACACAACUGGUGUUCUCGGGCAUCGGAAACGUGCACGCGGUGAAAGACGCCUUCGAAGAACUCAGAGACUCCCUCGACCCCGUCAAGGUGGAGUCGAAGAUGGACCGGUGGAAGGAGGACUCCGCCAAGAUGGUCGCCAAGAAGAUGUCUCGAAGCCUGGGGUUCGCGAGGAUGAUGGACUUGAAGUACGCCUUGGGAGACCAGCUCGGAGGAGAUGAGCUCGAGGAAACACCUCCGUACACGCUGUGGCCCCGGCUGCUGAGACAGAUCUUGGGCGCGAGCUUGUUGGCGGCUCGGCUCUUGCGCCUCGACGGGUGCUCCGUGCUGGUGCACUGCAGCGACGGCUGGGACCGAACCCCGCAGAUUUGUUCCACCGUGGAGCUCCUGCUGGACCCGCACUACCGCACUCUGGAGGGUUUUUGCAGCCUCAUCGAAAAGGAGUGGCUCAGCUAUGGCCACAAGUUCUGGGCCCGGUGCAUGGGCGGCAACAACGAGCAAGAGAUAGCAGAGGGAGCAGCUGCGGCUGCUGCCGCAGCGGCGGAUGCCGCGGAACUCGGCGAUGAUCGUUCCGCCAUGCGCUCCAUGAAGGACUUCGUGGGGGGGCAAGUGAGGGAGUAUGCCGAGCUGAGCCCCGUGUUCCUACAGUUUCUGGACCUGGUGCACAACCUCCUGGCGCAGUUUCCCACGGCGUUCGAGAUAUCGGAGGGGUUGCUGACCUUCGUUGCGGAGCACGCCUUCAGUGGGCUGUACGGCACGUUCUUGUGCGACACGGAGCAGCACCGAUCCCGCCUCAAGGUCAAGCAGAGAUCCAUCAGCGUUUGGACAACUGUGCUCAACAACAGGGAAGCCUUCGUGAACGCCAACUACAGGGAAACCCCGGAGCCGCUGUGGCCGUCCCUGGCCCCCAGCAAGAGCCUGGUCCGGUGAGAACCCGGCGUGCUCCGUCCCGGCUUUGUAGGGAUGCGAGGUCAAUGGU